AUGUCAAUCCUCACCACUUUGGGCAUGUUUAUAAUUGAUGAAAAUCAAUACAUUGACCCACCAGCACCUAGACAAACCAACAUCAUUGGCGGUGCUGGUACAUAUGCUAUAAUUGGAGCUCGAAUUGUAUCACCACACAAACUGGGCCAACUAAUUAGCGGGAUUAUUGACGAAGGUACAGAUUUUCCUUCACUGGUGCAUAAAGAGAUAGAUUCAUGGCACACGGGUGUCAUAUUUAGAAAAAACAAUCACCGAUUGACUACAAGAGGCGUUAACACCUAUAUCAAAGGCAUUCGCCAUUUCCACUACCAAACAGAUAAGCGAAGGAUCGAUGUAGCAGAUAUCUUACAAUAUGAGAACUUGACAUAUAGUAAAUGCUAUCAUUUAAUCUGCUCAAUUGAUCGUUGUCGAGGUAUAAUUGAGGAGAUCCAGAAGAUCAAUCCGAAUGCUAAGUACAUUUAUGAGCCAUUACCCGAUGAUUGCAUUUCUUCCAAUUAUGACAAAUUACAAAAUCUACUACCGUUUAUUGAUAUAUUUACACCAAACUUGGACGAAGCCUGUUCAUUCUUGCCUCAUGGUACAAAUUUGAAUGCUAGAGAACUUUGCUCAAGGUUCGUCCGGUUUCAAAAACUUACCAAUUCCGGCACCGUCAUUCGUUGUGGCGAGGACGGGUGUUGCAUACGCACCAUAGAUAACAGAUACUUUGAACUACCAGCAUAUCAUCAGAAUCAAGAUGAUGUUGUGGAUGUUACAGGUGGUGGAAAUUCAUUUUGCGGUGGCUUUAUAAUGGGAUGGUAUUUGAGCCAGGGUGAUUGGCAGAUUGGUGGUGUUUGUGGGAAUAUCGCUAGUGGGUGCAUUAUUGAAAGACUAGGUAUGCCUAAAGUGUGUCAAGACGGAUGGAAAUUCAAUGGUAAAAGCUUACAAGAGAGGGUUGAUAUUUAUCAACGUGAUAAUCCAGCACUAAAUAUAAAGGUAGACUGGUUAUAA